CUAUGUAUUUUAAUGUAUUUGAAAUACGGUCACACUUGCAAAAAAAAAAAGCGGGAACACUUUAAACGACGCGUAUCGUUGCUAGAAAAAUUAUUGUGUACGCAAAUUUACAUCGAACUUUGACAGCUAUUAUGCGACCACCGACAAAAAAAAGCGGCGGUCAGCGUGGUGGAAAUCCUCCAAAGGCAACACAGAGGGACUCGGACUCUGGGGAUGACAGCCCCUCAUUCCAAUCGCCCGAUGAUGAAAAUGCUACCGACUACGGCUUGGAAUUUACCACAAGUAGUCUCAAUCUCCAAAACUCUAACAGUCGACGCACCUCAACGGUGCGCAAGGACGUAUCUGCUGCCCGUCGGACCCAACAGAAUGAGGAGACGUCUGACGAAGAGAAUCGGCCACCAGAACCAGCAGACCGUCGCGCCGGACAGAGGCAGGAGUCGUCCUCUCAGGAAGACAAUCAAGCUCUAGAACUCAACACUUCAAAUCGCAGUCUCCGUUCUUUAAAUGCCCCACAGCCGCAGCGACCAAGAGCGAAUCCACAGACACAACAGGCCCCUAGAGCUGCAGCGCACCGCCGGAAACAGAGCAGACCUACAGACAGAGUCAGCCGUGUCGCCCUGAUGCAACAAGAGAUUCAACGUCUGCAGGCGACGCCCAAAUUGCUGAUACCCCGCCUGCCGUUCUCUCGCCUGGUGCGUGAAAUAAUCGUGAAUUUAACCGGCUCAUCUUCGGACUUUAGGGUUACCCAGGGCUCCAUGGAGGCCUUGCAGACGGCAGCGGAAAUGUACGUUACCCAAAGACUCCAAGACGCCUAUCUGCUCACUCUGCAUCGUAGUCGAGUGACGCUGGAGGUGCGCGAUAUGGCGCUAAUGGCAUUCCUAUGCAGCCAUGGUCGCUUUAACUAAUCACAUGCUAAAUAUGCUAAGCUCUUGUAUAAACAAAUGAAUGGUUCUUUUAUUCUAUUACUGUUAAGUGAAUAAACAUUUUUUGUUAAGCCUUAAAUAGAAAGUCGGGUUUAAUUUGUAUUCUGCAAAUAGUUUUAUUCGUGUUUUCUUGUUUGCCUUUUGUAAUGACUUGUCUUCCUUUUUGUUGUUGCGUCUUGUGCAACGUAGUCCAUAAUAGUUUCACUAUAAUGAUGUGGCCAUCAGGCGGGCACGCACGCCAACGCCAAGCAAAGAUACAAUAAGUUUUAGCUAGGAUGCAUUAGGAGUGAUCGUGCUUAGUUGUUCGCUCUAAUAUUACGGAUUACAGAUUAGGAUAGUUAAUGCGCUUUUUGAAAUGAGUCACCAUUUAGAAUGUUG